CAAUAAUCUCCUUUAACUUCGACUCCAAGCCCGAAGCCUCAAAACCCUCAAACCCAUCUUUCUCUCCCUCUCUCUUCCAUUCUCUCCAACUCCCCACCCCAACAUCUUCUCAUCACUACUACUAUUCUUCAAAGUCUUCGGUCCAGGACCCGCAGGAAGGCGGCCAACGAUUGUGAAAGCCGUGGCACAAUUGUAUCCUGCUGCAAAGCGAGUACCAUCAAUCUCCUCUAGCUUCAACAGCGUUGCUUUAGAGGUACGCGGAACGGAAAGAUUAUAUCAUACAGAAUCGUUCAACAGCUCGUUGCGAGGUACGGAGCUUCUAUAAGCUCCUCUGCAUCGCAAUGUCGGCAGGCUCGUUGGCGACGGCGCAGUCGGCGACCAGCUACGGCCAGAUCAUCGAGUACAUCCAAGACCGACUCUAUCUCGCCUCUUACACUCACCCCCCGAACCAACACACGCCCUUUCCGUACCCGCAAAGGUCGCAAAGCAGAUCGCCAACGAAGCGGUCGUCCCGAGCGCAGGCAGGCCCAACUGCUACCAGCCCAAAGUCGAACCCACCGGUCUACUUUUCGAUUGACAAGAGCCUGUUGUACAAUGCCUUCCAUGCAGACUUCGGUCCAUUGCAUAUCGGCCACCUGUACCGCUUUGCGGUGACACUGCAUGAGGUGCUGGCGGAUCCGAAGAAUACAGAUCGAGGGGUUGUGUUCUGGAGCGAUGCGGACUCGAGGAGUCGCGCAAAUGCUGCGUGCAUAUUAGCAUGUUAUAUGGUGCUCAUCCAGAACUGGCCACCCCAUUUGGCCCUGGCACCGAUUGCGCAAAUGGAUCCUCCAUGCAUGCCCUUCAGAGACGCUGGGUAUAGCCAGGCGGAUUAUACAUUGAGCAUACAGGACGUUGUCUACGGUGUCUGGCGAGCAAAAGAGGAAGGUCUCUUCAAUCUGAAAGACUUUAAUCUAGAAGAAUAUGAGAUGUACGAGAGGGUAGACAUGGGCGAUUUCAACUGGAUAUCGCCGAACUUCCUCGCUUUCGCAUCGCCACAGCACACGCCAGUGCAUUCGAUAUCGCCGGCCUCUGCAGAAUGGGCGUCGUUGCCAAAGACAGUCGCAGAAAUCCAGCGAGCCAGUAUACCGAAGCCAUUCCAGAAUGUGUUGACCCAUUUCGUGGAGCGCAACAUUGGCUUGGUUGUGCGGCUCAACUCACAACUCUACUCUGCUUCGUAUUUCACUGCAUUGGGUAUUCAGCACAUUGACAUGAUCUUCGACGACGGCACGUGUCCGCCGUUGUCUCUGGUACGAAAGUUCAUCAACAUGGCUCACGAGAUGAUCACCAAGCGAGGAAAGGGCAUUGCCGUGCACUGCAAAGCUGGUCUUGGCCGCACGGGCUGCCUCAUUGGUGCCUAUCUGCUCUACAGGUACCAGUUCACUGCAAAUGAACUCAUUGCUUACAUGCGAUUUAUGCGACCUGGCAUGGUUGUUGGUCCUCAGCAACAUUGGCUGCACCUCAAUCAGCAUGAAUUCAAGAAAUGGUGGCACGAUGACAACUCCAAGAUCCAUCUUCCAUCACAGCCGUCGACUCCGACACGCCUGAAGACGCGUCUCGUCAGCAACGGCCAAACUUAUACGCCACCAAACGGCAGCGCAAAACGCGCAGCCUUGGGCGAAAUCAUGGUCAAUGAAGAAUCAACCUCUUCUCACGCAAACAAUGAGAACCUACCGGCCCCCACACCAGGUCAGCCACGAAAGACGUCCAAAGUCUAUGGAGCAAACUCGUCACGAUACCGUGCCGGUGAUUCGGAGCCUUACGUGCGACCGGACAAAGAUUUUGCCUCCGCAAAACACCAAACUUCGACAAUGCAGGGCGACUCAGAGUCUGAUGAGGAAUAUCAGUUGCGCAUGCUUGCCCGGAGAGCUUCUCGCUCCCCAACUGCAAGCUCAGCAGACAAGCGGCGUGCAGUCUCAUGCACGUCCACAACGACUGUGACCACCACGAAGUGGGACUUUGUCGAGGAGACAAGCGAUAUCGAGAAUGCCCAUCCGAUCAGCCCGCAGGCCCGUAAAGUGAGCAACGGCGGCAGCGGCAAAGGAGAGAUUGGCGUUUCGAAGACGAGGAACAACCCCAUGAGACGAAGCGCGACAACCGAUGCGAAUCACGCAAAGGCACCGUCAGGCGUGCGGAAGACGAGCGGGAGAGUUGGUAGCAUGGGGAGCACAGCUGUGAGGCAGGCGCAGGCGCAGGCGAAGUGAGUUUUAUCCGUUAUUCGCUUUUACGAUGACGGAUAGUUUAUACUUUGCUUGUUCUGUUACCCAUUAUCUGUUGUUGCCAUUUAGCAGGCGUGCUGAUGAGAGAUUGCUUUUGCAUAGUGUCUCGGUGCGUAACCGGACAAACGGCGUUAGCAAAGGGCUGCAUGGGAAGUGGCGUUGAAAUGUAGUGCCACGAUGACAACGAUCUUUUCGAUCAGAUCCUUUUCGUAUCUCUAGGUGUCUAGUCAAACCUCGUCCUGGUAUUUGAGAUUGAGCAUGCUGGCGUUGACGGGAGGGGAGGCAAGCUCUUGUUUGCUUAUUCGCACUGACGGGUUACGCGAUAAUGAAGUAUACAAAGCUGAGAUCGUCACAUAGCAUCUGUCCGUUAUGGCAUGUUUUUAUUCUGUGUUUCUCAUUUGAUUCUGAUAUGAAGAUCAAGAGGAGUAUGACUGGUAUGACAGCCUUUCCAC